CUACACACAGGACUAAAGAGUUGCACUGGCCCUUUAAACCACACAGCAAAUAGAGGCUUUUCAGCCGCGGGAGGCGAUUGAUCGUAGUCUUCCGCAAGAGAGCUAUUCGCGGUUCGUGUGACAACACAAAGGGAUAUCGAGAAUCGCAAUCAUGGGCGUCAAAUUGUAUUAUACCACCGUUACUGCAUCCAGAGAGGUGAAGUCUCAGCAGGCGGAGGUGAUGAGGAUACUGGAGAGUAAGAGCAUCCAGUACGAGCUGAUUGACAUCUCAGUGGGCGGGGAGGUCAGGGACGAGAUGAGAAGCAAGGCAGGGAACCCCACGGCUGUCCCGCCACAGAUCUUCAAUGAGGACCAGUACUGUGGUAACUAUGAGAUGUUUUCGGACGCAGUGGAGGAGGACAAAGUGGAACAGUUUCUGAAGAUGGCGUGAUGAGGAAGAGUCGUGUGUCGUCGUCCCGCACCACACCUCCCCAGGGAGGCUCGUUGACUACCCCUCUGCCCCACUGGCGGUGCCCGCCCUCUUUCUCAAUGCCAUGAUGAAUGCCAAAUACAACCAACCAAUCAAAAGGCACACGCACCCCUUCCCACCCCACCCCGCUGGACUCUUACCUAACCACUGUUGAAAUUAUUGUGUAUGUUUUAUACGGCAAUUAUUAUGUUCUCCCUGUUUCUUUCGGCACUGUUUCCCUUUGUGGUCCUUUCUGGUUAAGAUCAGGGUUCAAAUACUUUCAAAUCAUUUUCGAUUCUUAAAAGGUACUUUUAUGAAGCUUUCCUGUAGCAAUUGAACCAAUAGAAAUGUCCAAAAAGGGCAAACCCCACCCAGCCUGGCACUCCAUGCAGACAAAAGCAAAUGCUUAAAUAUUUGUAUUUGGAAUAGUAUUUGAACCCAGGCCUGCCUGGUCCGAUGUGUUCGUGUCACUAAUCAGUCUGGUCUGUGGGAUCAAUGGAGCUGCCUAAUCUAGAUGUGUGGUAAUUAGGUCAAAUAAUCUGGGCUGUACAUGUUACCAAUGUAGGUCCACUAAUCAAGAGGCUAACAUUCACCAGGAAUCGAUCUUGGCCUGAAAUGACCCUUUUUAUUCCCUCUAUUGACCUGGUGAAAUGUAGUGCACUACGGCUGCGUUUACAUAGGCUGCUCAAUUCUGAUAUUUUUUUUCACUCAUUCUAUUUUUGACCAAUCACAUCAGAUCUUUCCACACAGAUCAUUUUCAGAGCUGAUCUGAAAAAAUAUAUAUCAGAAUUGGGCUGUCUGUCUAAACACAGCCUAUGUAGAGAAUAGGGGCCAUUUCAUACCCAGACCAAAAAAACUGAAUACUUGGUUACCAUUACUUAGAUUUAGCGGUGUUUGUAUUUUCCUUACCUGUCCCACUUGACUUCCAUGUUGAUCAUAUCGACAGACAAAGUCAUUUUCAAAAUGUACUUGGGCCGACUGUAGACAUCAACAUGGAUAGGAGAACGUAGCAUGGAUAAUGUGGAAGCCAACAAUCACAGAACCCUAAAGAAAUCUGAAUUGUGUUAGAGACAGAAUAAAUGAACUGGAUUCUACUUUGGUCCAAAACAUUUCAAUGCUAAUGGUGUCAAAGAUCCAUGCUGGAAAGGUGAGUCCAUAGUGGAGAGUUAUAGAAUAUGGUAAAAACAGACAGACAGCAUUUCAAAGUGUUAAACUUGGUGCCAAUAAAUGUGAGAAUGUGCUUUACAGCUGGAUACAGUCACUUUUGACCUCAAUAUAGUCUUACUUUUCUCUCCGUUACUGCAUUCCAAAGACUGCUGUAUUUUUUUAAGAGACCACUUGCGUUUGCUGGGAAUUACCUGAUCGUCAAUCAUUGGUCUUACAUAGACAUAAAAUAGACAUAUUUAUAGGACAUUGUCGCAGAAAUACAUAACACUGUUACUGGUACUACAGCUGUACAUCCUUACUGUAAGAACUGAGUUUGAGUAUUAUAAUCCCCUGAAUUUAUAAGCCCCAAUGACUGUUCUAUCUGUGGUAAUGUGUAAUUCAAUCUCGAACUAGCUUGAAGAUGCAGUAAAGACAACUAUGCACAUUAAACUCUGCCUCACAUUC